GGAGAAGAGGGCAGUGCUUCCGGGUAGGAGUGAGGUGACCCCGGCCGGCGCAGGAGCCUGCGGCGAAGCAAACAUGGGGGCGCACCUGGUCCGGCGCUACCUGGGCGAUGCCUCGGUGGAGCCCGACCCUCUGAAGAUGCCCACCUUCCCGCCCGACUACGGCUUCCCGGAGCGCAAGGAGCGCGUGAUGGUGGCCACGCAGCAGGAGAUGAACGACGCACAGCUGACGCUCCCGCAGCGCGACUACUGCGCUCACUACCUCAUCCGGCUGCUCAAGUGCAAGCGCGACAGCUUCCCCAACUUCCUGGCCUGCAAGCACGAGCAGCACGACUGGGACUACUGCGAGCACCUGGACUAUGUGAUGCGCAUGAAGGAGUUUGAACGGGAGCGGCGGCUGCUCCAGCGGAAGAAGCGGCGGGAGCAGAGGGAAGCACAGUUGGCCAGUGCCCAGGGAUCUGGACUGGACCCUGAGGUGGCUCUGUAGGAGGUCACCCACCAUCCUCUGGACCAGUCUGAGAAAUAAAAGCCUCCAGCCCCUCA